UUCUUCUACCUCUUAUUUAAUUUAUUCACUUUCAGAUCAUUCAUCGAUUCACCCAUAUCUUCUUCUUCUUCUUCUUCGAAUUAAUUGCCAUUGGAAGAGAUGGGUUGCUUCUUGUUCAUCUUCAACAAGAACAAAUCAAAUUCUCGGUUAUCUUCAGAGCCGAGAGAUCAAACUACAAGAUCCAUCGGUUCAGCUUCAUCCACGCGUAGUGUGAAAGAAAUGUACAAGGAGAGAGAGCAUAACCUGAGAAUUUUCUCUCUCACGGAGCUAAAAGAAGCUACUAAUGGAUUCAACAGGUCUCAAAAGAUCGGAGAAGGCGGUUUUGGAAGUGUUUACAAAGGCACAAUCACUCCUCCCAAUGGUAGUAGAUGUCAUCCUUCUCUAGUCGCCAUUAAAAAACUCAACACUCAAGGCUUACAGGGUCAUAAGCAAUGGCUAGCAGAGGUUCGAGUUCUUGGCAUUGUUGAUCAUCCUAACCUAGUUAAACUUCUAGGUUAUUGUUCAGAAGACGGUGAAAGAGGAACGCAACUUCUUCUGGUUUAUGAAUACAUGCCUAACAAGAGCUUAGAGUAUCAUCUUUUCAACAAAUCUGGCCAUGUUCUUACUUGGCUUUCCAGAUUGCAGAUUAUGCUUAACGCUGCUAGAGGUUUAUCUUAUCUCCACGACGGUUUCGAAAUCCAGGUGAUUUACCGAGAUUUCAAACCAUCAAACAUACUGUUGGAUGAAGAUUUCAAUCCGAAGCUAUCGGAUUUUGGUCUUGCUCGUGAAGGACCGGCUGCUGGAGUUUCUCACGUUUCAACUGCUGUGGCUGGUACAUAUGGCUAUGCUGCACCUGAAUACUUAGAUACAGGACAUUUGAAGGCUGAGAGUGAUACCUAUGGUUUUGGAGUUGUGCUUUAUGAAAUACUAACAGGAAGAAGGGCCAUUGAAAGGAAUAGGCCAUUGAAGGAGCAGAAGCUUUUGGAAUGGGUGAAAUUGUAUCCGGCGAAUAGUAAGAGUUUUACUAUGAUCAUUGACCCGAGAAUCAGAAGUUCUUACUCUCUUGCUGCGGCUAGAAGGAUUGCUAAGUUGGCGGAUUUGUGUCUGAAUAAGAACCCUAAGGAUCGGCCAACGAUGAAUGAGGUCAUUCAGAGCUUGAAUCAAGCUAUAGAAGAAUCAUGAAUUGAUCAAUUUGUAUGUAUCUUGUAUGGAUGGAGCUUUAGUAAUUCAAUUAUAUCUGAGAUUAGUUUUUUAGGACUGGUUAUAUAUAUAUGUCAUAAUUACAUGUUUAUAUCUAUAUAAUUCCAUUAUCAUGGAGUUUGAGGACUUGUUUAUUAUU